GAACUCAAAGGCUACCACCAAGAUUUCAUUUUUCUCUCAUUUUUGUCUCAUGGAGAAGUUUGUGGUUGCAGGUUUGGCUGAUGGAGCCUAUGGACAAACUACUCAUGGCUUUGGUAAUACUAAGCAAUCUCUUGAUAAUUUUUGGGAGUCCAUUCUGUAUGGAGAAAACAAGGAGAAUUCAAGUGCAAUUAUGGCACAACCAGAGGCUCCUGUUCCACAAGCUACCCUGGUAGCAAAUACUUCAAUGACAGAUCAAGAUAAGGCUAUUAAAAGAGCAAGAGAUCAGGCUUAUCGGGAACGGGUGAAGAAACGCAAGACAGAAAUGGAGGGUGAGGUGAAGGCACUUACUCAAAAGAACAAGGAAUUAGAGGAUGAGAAUAGGGCCUCAAAAGCGGAAAACACACGUCUGAACCAAGCUUUUCAAUCUCAGGGAGAGGGGAUGGAUAAACUUAAACAUGAUUUCAACCAAUUGAAGCAUGAGUAUAACAAGCAGAAUGUGCUUGUGCAGACACUCUCAGGUGUUCUGGCUGGUUCUGCUCCCAGUCCCAGAGAUGAAGAAAUUCAAAAGCUGAAAAAUGAAAUUGGUUUGUUGAGGCAGGGAAUGGGUAUGGAUAGUCCGUGCUUGCAACUUAUGAAAGAGAAUGCCAAGUUGAAGCACGAACUUGAGAAGGAGAAGCACGAAAAGAGGGCACUGAAGGUGCAGCUUGAUGCUCUAUUUGAUGAUAUUGAGCAACAUUUAGAAUCCUUUGCACAAAACAACGUGGAUUCAAAUGCAAUAAUGGCACAACUAGAGGCUCCUGCUCCACAAGCUACACUGGUAGCAAAUACUUCAAUGCCAAAUCAAGAUACAAGCCAAUCUGAAGCUGCUAAAAGAUCAAAAGCUUAUCGGGAUCGGGUGAAGAAACACAAGACAGAAAUGGAGGGUAACAUGAAGGCACUUACUCAAGAGAACAAGGCAUUAAAGGUUGAAGUUGGAGCCUUAAAAGCUGAGAACUCACGUCUGAACCAAGAUUCUCAAUGUCAGAGAGAGGUGAUCGAUAAACUUACACAUGACCUCAACCGAUUGAUGCCUGAGCAUAAGAAACAAUAUGUACUCGUGAAGAUACUCUCAGAGAAGCUGAAAAAGGGUUUUUAAGGAAAAGAUAUUUAGAACAAGUCAAAUUUAUAUUUGAAAUAAAUAACAAAUCAUACAAUUAAAUAUUUUGUCUAAAGAACUGUUUUUGUCAAGUUUUUAAAACAAAAUUUGGCAAU